UUAUCAUUUUGAAAAUAUAGUUCCAAUUCUACAUGCUAGACGGCGACUCCAAUGGGCGGCGUCCUGCGCCCAGCUGACGAAAGAGAAGAACAAGUGAAAGAAAACUUUGUUUGUCAAGAACGCAUUAAUUGUUAAAGGAGUAGAUUUUGGUGAUAGUUAGCUGUUAAGCUUUUGGGUCUUUACCCCACUAACAUGUCCUCUUUAUGCAUUUUUCAAAAAUCUUUUAUUUUCUCUUAAAUACCUUCGAUAACAAUCCACGAAGUCACUAACAGAACGUUGUUGCUAUGAUGUUUUUCGCGCUACGCCGCUAGUUGAGUAUUGAUUUUUACAGUUUCAGACAAGCGCGCUUCCCCCUUUUGAAUGACAAAAAGUCUAGUAUUGGAUGACUACUCUUGAUGUGUGAAAGUCAUGGAAUCAGUGAAUACAGAAGUCAUAAUGGGCUUGUUUGCAACCAAAUCAGCAGUUGUAGAUGGUGAUACCAUAGUGGAAAAGUGUUGUAAUGAAGAAGAGCAAGGGAAACAAACCAGACUUCAUGGUGAACAAAAAGUAGAUGCUGCUUCCUCAUCUCCUGUCCUAGUGUCACCACUUACUGCUUUACAAGACUUGACACGUGAAUAUCAAGAAAUAGACCCUGUAUCUUCUAAGUCGACCAGUCUCUCUGAAGUGGAAGAAGGACAAAUUCUUGAAUCAUCCUCUGAUGCUUUUGACCUGACCACAAAUGUCAAUAAGCGACCAAGUUCUGUGCUGUCUGAUACACCUGGUGGAGCUGGGUUGGCCAAAAAAACAAAGAAAAAGAUCUCAUUUUCAUCUGUGACAGCUUAUUACUUCCCUCGAGCGCAAGGUUUCACCUGCAUCCCUUCACAAGGGGGCUCAACACUUGGUAUGGCUCUAAAGCACAGCCAUGAGGAAAGCUUUACCUUAGCUGAACAUGCAAAUUACCAAAGACGGAAUCAUCGUAGAUUAUUGCUUCAGCUACGUAAAAGAAGAAAGAGUCGUAGUGCGACAAAAGCCAGUGAAGAGGACGCAGUGGCAGCAGCGGCAGCUACAGCUCUAGCUCUGGAGGCCACCAACAGUACCUUGGAAGUUUUUGCCAGCAACAGUAAUCCAGACACCAAAAAUAAAAAUGACGUAAAAGAAUCCGAUAGUGACGAUAGUGAUGCAGAUGGACAACAAAUAAGCGAUGUGUCUGAUUCUGAACUAGAAGUUGACAACUAUUAUUUUUUACAGCCUGUUCCGACAAGGCAGAGACGAGUAUUGUUACGGGAAUCGGGAAUUGGGAAGAUAGAAACAUCAGAGAAAGACGAUUGCCGCCAAAUCCGCGUAUCUCGGGAGUCCUGUGGAUGUUCGUGCCAAGGCUAUUGCGAUCCGGAAUCAUGUUCCUGUGCCCAAUCAGGUAUUCAGUGCCAGGUCGAUAGGCUUAACUUCCCAUGUGGAUGUUCGCGAGAGGCAUGCGGUAACCCAUCAGGACGUGUAGAGUUUAAUCCGGUACGUGUUCGGACCCAUUUCAUCCACACACUGAUGCGAAUGGAGCUAGAAAAUACUCAAGAGCCAAAUAAAAGCCUGCAACCUCUUCAUCAUAAUCAGCAGCACCCGUUGCUACAAAAGAUCGAUGAGCUUCCUGCCAGCGAAAUAGACAUUGGUGUGGUAAGCACAGUUAGUGCGUUAGUACCGCCGGAAUCACACUAUAAUUGGGACAGUGUGAUGCAGCUGCCAUCGUCUCAAGAUCAGCAUCAACAGGCGCUACAGCAACCGCAACAUCAUGCUAGCUACCCUGUAGCCGAGCCGUUGCCCGAAAACGGAUGGUUUUGUCAUUAUUCCAAUGACGUAAGCAAUACUUAUCCGCUUUAUUCUGGACCCAGUGCAGCUAGUAGUGCGGAAGUCUUCACCUACGAUCAAACUCCGUAUGAUUCACUGGGAUAUCAUUCUACGGAGGUAGCGGAAAUGGGCAACCCGCAACAAUACCAUCAAUACAAUCUGUUUUCCUUGUCAAUUUGGUACAAAGUUCAUCCUUCACCCAAGCAACCUGAACUUUGCUGCACAGCGUUAAGCGUAUCAGAUGGAACAACGCCGAAAUUCAACUUCCGUGAAAACCGCUCUCCUGUCACUUUAUUACGAUUUUAUCGGUUUGCAGAGGUGGUGGGUGACACGUUAACAUCCCCCCCAAAAGCUGUGGGUCACGGCAGUACCUUGAAAUAGGCUGAGCUCCAGCGUCUGACACAUGUGGAUUUGUAUAGGCUCCAUGGCUUAUUAUUGUGGCGUGAGUUACUGGUAACUAUUGCUGUUCCGAAAUUGUAGGGUAUUCUAAAAGCUAGAUUUAAAAUUGUUUUCGAAAGUAUGAUUCAUUUUAGAGAUGCUUUAGCUUACUCGUAUAGAUGCAUUUAUUCGUUUCUUUACAUUGUCGUUAAAUUGGCUGGAACAAAACGAAAUGGAAUCACAAGUUUACGGUUCGUCAUCAGUAAAAGCAUUCCUCCCUGCCUGGUUAAAAAAAGGUAACUGGAGG